UGAAGGUCAUAGAAUUUCUAUUACAAGGAAAUUGUCAUUUUAAUACAAAAAAUAUUCAUAGAGGAACAUAAACGAAUGUUUUAUUGCAUUGCAAUAAAACUUUACUUACAUAAGUAGGUGAUAGGCUGGAGUAAGUGCAUGUGCUAUAGUUUGGUGAGCCCAGGCCACAAUACUAUAAAACGGAGCCAGCUGUGGGCCUGAGUUGAAAGAUGUGCAGGCUCUUGGUCCUCUCAAGAUUGUGAGAGGGGAAAAAAGGAAAAGUUCCCAUUCACUCUCUGUGUUUUUAUUCAUUAAAACCUCAUCAAGAUUUAAACCUGAGAUUGGUGUUGUGCUCAAUGCCUUAAUAGGAAUAAAGUAGCAGGUGAAGUUAUUCUUGCAUGAGGAAGAAUUUCUGAAUAAGGAAUAAUAUGAUAUUGUACAAUAUGUGGUCUUGGAUCCAUAUCCUGGCGUAGAGUUCCUAAAAUGCUUCAAAUGUUUCUGGAGUGAUAAGAGUAGCUUUGUAUGAUGACUGUUGACCAGGACAGAUAUCCUCAGGAUGAGUGCUGGUCCAGAAGAACUAAGGUAUGCUUGAUUCUUCAGCCCUAUCCCCUAACCUUGAGGUUGAGAGGUACUGAAAGUUAAAUUGAAUAUUUAAAUUGCUAAUUUAAAUCAGUCAUUCUUUCUAGUAAAGCCUCUGUGAGAACCCAAAAAGAAUAAAUUUAGGGAGAUUCUGUAUAGCUGAAUUUGUAGAGGUUCCUGGUACGAGGCACCCCAAUAGGCAUGGAAGUUCUGCAGCUUUUCCUACCCUGCUAUGCCAUAUAUAUUUCUUUAUCUAGAUAGUUCUCUGUAUUUAUAACAAACCAUAAGCACAAGGAAGUGUUUGCUUAGAUUCUGUAAGCCAUCCCAGCAUAUUAGCCAACUCAAGGAGGGUACAGUGGGGACCCUGAGAUGUAGCCAUUUGGUCAGAAGUAUAAAUGACAAUGUACUAGUUGUUAUGUUGCAUGAAGUAUGGGGAAGUUUUGUGGGACUGAGCCCUCAACCUGUGGGAUGAAGCUGUCCAUGUAGAUAGUGUAAGAAUGUUAUUGAAUAACAGGAAACCUAGCUACUGUCUGUUGGAGAACUGCUUGAUGUGUGUGGAAAAUUACCCACACACGUAAUAUCCAGUGUUCUGUGCAGGUUCGAAGGAAAAUAACUUUGAUUUUUUUUUCUUAUUUCAUUACCAUCAACUGCAAAGAGACUAAUGUAGUAGUUUAGAAGUAUUUUGGCUUUGAGACAGGAUUUGUUCAGUCAUUAAGUAUGUGUGUGUAGAAAGGGAAAGAGAUCUGCUGACGGAUCUGCGAUAGACUUGGGGAGACCACAGAAUCUUCUGAACCUCCCCUGAAUUGAUUCUCAGGUCCCCAGUGCUGUCAGCCUCACCCACCAUCUCACACACACUGGGGGAAUUGUACCUUUCUGAACAGAGUUUGUGGCAUCUUUUAGGACUCGGUGACCUUUGAGGAUGUGGCUGUGGACUUUACCCAGCAGGAGUGGGCUUUGCUGGAUCUUGCUCAGAGGAGCUUCUACAGAGAUGUGAUGCUGGAAACCUUCCAGAACCUGGUCUCACUAGGGUACCCACUACUCACACCCAAUCUGAUCUCCCAGUGGGAACAAGAGGAGGAACUGCAGACAGUGAACACAGAACUUAUCCUGGAGCAGCACCAGGAAGAAUUUGAGUCUCUACUUAAUACUAAGGAAUUAGUUGCUCUUCAAGAUAACAAUGGAGAAAAAAUAUCCAAUGAACAGAAAAUAGUGAGAUUCAAAAGAAGUGGUUCCUGCCCCUCUAUUUUACAUGAAAACCAGGACACCCAUCAUGUGAAUGAUUGGAACAACAGCCAUGAGAAAGGUUUAAGUCAUGUGGUAGAGAACAUCUGUGAAUACAAUGAAGAAAAUCAAUGUGGACAAUUUUCAGAUCUCAUGCUCCAGAGAACUACUGAAGUCAAAUCCUUUGAAUGCUAUGAGUGUGGAAAGUCCUUCCUGUCUCAUUCAUCACUUAAGAAUCACACCAGAUCUCAUGCUGGAAACAAACCCUAUCAGUGUAAGGAAUGUGGGAAAGCCUUCCAUUUUCUUUCUUAUUUUAAGAAGCAUGUGAAAACUCCUACAGAAGAAAAACCAUAUGAAUGUAAGGAAUGUAUAAAGACCUUCAAUUGUUUCUUCAUGUUCAGAGCACAUAUGAAAAUUCAUAGUAAAAAGGCAAAGUAUGAAUGUAAGGAAUGUGGGAAAACCUUCAGUAGUUCUUUCCACCUCACAGAACACAAAAGAAUUCACAGUGGAGAUAAGCCCUAUGAAUGUAAGGAAUGUGGGAAGGCCUUUAGUUGUUCCUCAUCACUCUCCAAACACAACAUAAUUCAUAGUGGAGAUAAGCCAUAUGAAUGUAAGGAAUGUGGGAAGGCCUUUAGCUAUUCCUCUCAUCUUAAAAGACAUAUAAGAAUUCACACAGGAGAGAAGCCUUAUGAAUGUAAAGAGUGUGGGAAGGCCUUCAGUGAAUCCUCAAAACUCACUAUACAUGUGAGGACACACACUGGAGAGGAGCCCUAUAAAUGUAAGGAAUGUGGGAAAACCUUCAAUUGCCCCUCCUCCUUAAGUAUCCACAUGAGAAAACACACUGGAGAGAAACCUUUUGAAUGUCUGGAAUGUGGAAAAGCCUUUUAUCUUUCCACUUCCCUGAUCACACAUGUGAACAAUCAAAGUAGAGAGAAACCCUAUGAAUGUAAGGAAUGUGGGAAGGCCUUCAGUUGUCCCUCAUCCUUUAAAGCACAUGUGAGAGAUCACAAUGGUAAGGUGCAAAAUGAAUGUAAGGAGUGUGGGAAGGUCUUUAGUCGUUCCUCAUCCCUCACUGAACACCUAAGAACUCACAGUGGAGAAAAGCCUUAUGAGUGUGAGGAAUGUGGGAAAGCCUUCAUUAGUUCUUCCCAUCUUACGGUACAUAGAAGAACUCACACUGGAGAGAAACCUUAUGAAUGUAAAAUAUGUGGGAAAGCCUUUAUUUGUUUCUCACCGCUUAGUAUCCACAUGAGAACCCACUCUGAGGAAAAACCCUAUGAAUGUAAGGAAUGUGGGAAGGCAUUUCGACAAUCUUCAUAUCUUACUAUACAUGCAAGAAUGCACACUGGAGAAAAACCCUUUGAAUGUCUGGAGUGUGGAAGAGCUUUCAGUUCUCCCUCAUCCUUUGGGAGACAUGUGAGAAGCCAUACUGGAGAGAAACCAUAUAAAUGUGAGGAAUGUGGGAAAGCCUUCUUUAGUUCUUCCUAUCUUACAGUACAUACAAGAAUUCACACUGGAGAGAAACCUUAUAAAUGUGAAAAAUGUGGGAAAGCCUUUAUUGGUCCAGCCUACUUUCGAAGACAUGUGAAAAGUCACACAAGGGACAACAUAUAAAUGUAAGAAGUAAGGGAAUCUUUGCAAGACUUUUUCUGAACUAAUGCAAUUUGUGAAGUCUCAUACUUUAGAGACACUAUAAAUGUGAGAAAGUAGGAGAUUAUCACUCAUUCUUUUCAUUGAAGUGUUGAGGACAACUGAUCGAAACCCUGUGUUUGUAAGCUAUAUGGUAAAACCUUUUGAUUUUGAACAUAACUUGUGCCGCAGUCCAGCUGGACUGUGCAAAGUAGCUGGGGGGUGACAAGCAACCUGUGAAGGUUGAAACGGUGGGAGCCACUUUAUUCAGAACAGCAGAGGUAUAUAUACCCAACUAAAUACACACAGCUUAUCUCAAUUAACAUCAUCCAGUUACAGCAAUCAGUCAUUAAGGAAUCUUCACCAUAUUAGUAAUUAGACACAGCUUAACUCAAUUAACAUCAUCUAGAUACAGCAGUCAGUCAUUAAGGAAUCCUUAUCAUCUUAAUAGCUUGCUGGCAUUACUUCUCAAACCACUCCUCCUGGCAAAGUGCCAGGCACCAUCUUGACUUGGCUGUGGCUCUCAACACUUGUAUAAGAAAAUUCAAAAUUUGAACUAGAAGAGAAGAUCAGUGCCUCAUUAAAGUGGACUUCUAGAGGAUCAUUGAUUUUCAGUGUUUUCUAAUAGGAAGAUUUAAGGUUAUAUGUUUCCCUUUUCAGCUUUUAUGACAUACUUUUGAGUAUGAGGUGAGUUUCUUUAGCUGGGAUGUAAAUGUUAUUUCCAUUACAAAGUCUUUUGGACUCUUGGGAGAUUGUGUGUGUACGUGUGUGUAUGCUUCUCCUCUGAGACAGGGUCUGGCUAUGUUGUCCAGGCCUGUAACUCCUAGACUUCUGCCUUAGCCUCCUAAGUUUGGGAGUGCAGGCAUAUAUCAUUGAGUCUGGUUCAAGUGCAUUCUUUUUUUUUUUUUUUUGGCAGGCAGGGAAAUGGUGAUUUUUUUUUUUUUUAAUUGUUGUUUAAGUUUGAACUUACAGAAUGGGCACCUUCUUCUUCUUUGUAUUCUUCUUUGCCUUCGCCUCCUUCUUUGUCGUCUUCAUCUUCGCCUUCAUCAUUUUCUUCAUCUGGAUACUGCAAGCUGCCUACCCAAUAAUUCCCCCCUUCCCUUUAAACUAAGAGUACCAACUGUUUUUGAGAAUAUCAGUGUUUACUAUCAAAGCUUUUCAUGUGUAAUAAAAAGUUUUAGUAGAAAUUAAUUAGUACAAAGGCCUUGAAAGAUUAUAGUGUCAUCUGAUUGCUGUUUUGUGUUUUAUUCUUUACGUUUCUUCAUGACUAGAAUCUUUGUUAAUUUAAUUUUUUCAAGUUGUUGAUGGAUCUGUAUUUUAUUUAUUUAUAUGUGGUGCUGAGAAUCGAACCCAGUGUCUCAUACACGCUAGGUAAGCACUUGACUACAGAGCCACAACCCCAGCCCUCAUGGCUGGAAUUUUGAUCUAAUGUUUUAAGUUAAUAAAGUGUGUUAUAUUAAUUUGGAUAUAGCUCAGGACUACAUUUCCCUUAAUCACUUCUAAUCCUAGGUAAUAAGUUUUCUAAAAUAACUUUGCAAGAAGUUUGAAAGGCUUUAGGGAAGGAGCUACAAUUGCCUGCUUAUUGGGACCACGAUAUAGGUAGACAGAUGAGUAGGGACCUUGUGGGCCCCAGUUUUCACCUCAUUUUUCUGAGUAUUGAACGCACUGAUCCAUACUUGCUCAAAACUGAAGGUUAAGUGCUUCACCUCAGUCUCCUCAGGGGCUGCACCUCCACAAACGUCUCCAUUAACUCCUGUAUCCUGGCCAAACACAACUUAGAUUUCUCUGGCAAGCUCUGGUGUUGCCAUUUUGGCAUUUUUGCUUCUCAUUGCACUUCCUCUGGCACUUUCACUGCCCUGUUAGAGUUGACCAGUUUGCAGAAGGAUUGUCAUCAAGCUCAGAGUCCAGUCCCAUCCUUCACUCUGCUUAUGGGAUUAGUGUCUAUACAAGCCUACCAUGGUCCCCAAAGUGAGUAGAGCUGUGGCUAAUGAAGUUAUCCUGUUGGUAAUUGAGGCAAGCCUCGGAUAGGCGUCAUCCUAUUUUUGUAGAGGAGGAUUUAUAUUUGAUACCUUCAGACUGGGAAGAUUUUACUGCCUUUAUGCGAGAAGAGGAACGCUGUGAGAUGUUUCAGGUACAUUUUGUUUCCUCCUCCCCUUUUUUAAAGCAUUGUAUUUUAAGGGGUGGUUCUGUGGCUCAGUGGUAGAGCAUUUGCGUAGCAUAUAUGAGGUACUGUUCGAUUCUCAGCAUGGCAUAUAAAUAAAUGAAUAAAAUAAAGGUCUAUUAACAACUAAAAAUAUUUUAGAAAACUAUAUUUUAUCUCUUAAAAGCAUAACUAUACCAUUUCCCUUAAUCACUUUUUACUGUUUAUCAAGGUAUACAUACACUAAUGUGCAAGUUGUGUACAGCUUUGCUGCAGGCUGGACGGCGGGGGCCGCGUGAGCCUUGGCUCCGCUUCUGCCCGCUGCUGUUUUCACCUGCUGCCUUCCUGCUGGGCGCUUUCGCGGGUCGCUGUCAGUGCACGCCUGCUUGCGAUCCUGCAACCCGGCUGAGCACAAAAACACAAGCCAGAUGGAACUGAAACAAAGUUUUAUUUUGUGAGAGGCUGUGUGCGUCCCCCUAACAAGCCGGUCCACACACACGUGUGUCCCUACCGGACACGGGGGGCUCCACUAUACAUAUAUACUACAUCUGUAUAUAUGUAUACACUAUACAUAUAUACUACAUCUAUAUGAUGUAAUUUCAUAUAGAUGUAUACAUCCUGGUGGACACAUUUCCAGGAAAUUCAUUCAUCUCCUUUCUCAAUAAUCACUCCACAGAAGAAAUAGGCUUUUGACUCUUAUUACGCUUGAUUUGGUGUGCUUUUUCUCACUUUUCAAAUAAAUGUUAAAACUACAACAUGUACUGUUACAUGUUUGGCUUCUUUUACUCAACAUAAUGUCUAGUUUGUCACUUGGUUGCUCUUAUUUCUCUUGGUAUAUGCUAUAUGUGGGGAAUGCAAUUAUUGAAUGAUAGGGUAGACUUGAAUUGUGGAUAUUUUGGUAGAUACUUUAGAUUUUCAAAAAUGUUAGUUUCACCAGUAAGUCCCCAGCAGUGCAUGUGAGUGUUGGCUAUUCUGCAUACUGGGCCCACACUUUCUAACUUUAGCUCUUUAGCAGAGUGUGUGGUGGUAUGUUUUUUUUUUGUUGUUGUUGAAAUUUGCAUUUUCCUGAUAUGUCGUGAUUUUGAGUACUUUUUGGUGUGUUUAUUGGUUAUUUGGAUGUCUUUAUUAGGCUACUUUGUGAAGCAUUUCACCCAUUUUUAUUUCCUUUUUUCUUUUGAAGUGUUUUCUUGCUGCUAAAAAGUCCUUGGCUAUAACUAAGCUUCAAUCUGGAUCCUGAGGCUAAAAGAUGUGCAUUUGUCUGUCUCCUUGUCUUGGCUGUGCAUCCUUUUGCAUUGUCUUUUCUUCCAGCUGGGAUGUUUUCUUCACAGUAGGCUUCAGAAGUUCUGUGCUGCUUUCCUCCCAAGAUAAUGCUUCAGGGAGAAGAGUGACAUCUUUUUUUGAACAGUUCCAAUAUAAUUAUCAAAAUGGAAUCUGAGGAGGGGAGGCGGGAUAGUAGAGGAUAGGAAAGGCAACAGAAUACAACAGACACUAGUGUGGCAGUAUGUAAAAACAUGGAUGUGUAACCGAUGUGAUUCUGCAAUCUGUAUACGGGGUAAAAAUGGGAGUUCAUAUCCCACUUGAAUCAAAUGUAUGAAAUUGAUAUGUUAAGAGCUAUGUAAUGUUUUGACCAACUAAUAAUAAAAAAAAAUGGAAUCUGAUUAUUUUGUCCACCAUGGUCAGGGGAAUGUUAAUACUCUGAUUUGUUUAGGACCAGCUCCCAGUUUCUCAUUGAGAAACUGAGGUUAGAAUUUGUACCCCUAAAUCAUAGAGCCCUGGCAGUUAUGAUGCACAUGGAGAGGAGAGAGAGGCAGCUGUGAGCAGGUGGGGGCUCAAAAUCGGGGCAAUAUUGCACCUUAUGCUGACAUCGGGAAAUACAAAGUCUGGGAACUUACCCAGUGUUUGUUCCUAGAAACCCUUUUAGAAUGUCAGAUGCCAUAUGUCUUUUAGAUUGCUAAAAAUUGCUCUCAGUCUUUACAGAACAUAAAAAUAAGUAGAGAUCUGAGUGUUCUUUAUAAAGUAUUUGCCUAGACCAAUAUAAUGAAUAUAUUUUGUGUUUUCUUCGAGACCCUUCAUUGUUUGUCUUCUUGUAUUCAGGUUGGUGUCCAUUUCAAGUAUUUGUUUGUUUGUUUGUUUGUUUGAUAGGGUGUGAGAUAGGAUGCAGGUGUAUGUGUACAGAUUUAUCCACUAGAUCAUGUUUUCUCUCUGCUUAGGUAGGCAAUCUGUGUUUUGGUUUGUUUGUCUUUCCUUGCAGCAGCACCAUACUAUCUUAAUUUGUUUUGCUUUGUUAGUAUUUUUGGAAAUCUAAUAAUAAAUUCUCAUUUUAGAAUUUAUUAAUUUUUAUAAAAAUAUUCAGGGUCCAUUUUAUAGAAUAACCUAAGGAAAAUUGACAUCUCUACAGAAUUGCAUCUUUCAAUAUGAACAUGAUACAACAAUCCAUUUACCUAGGUUGUCUUUAACUUUUCUGAAGGUGUUUUGUAGUUUAAUUGUAGAGGUCUUCAAUGCCUUUGUUUAAUUUAUUUCUAGAUACGUGGUGUGUUUUGCUUUGUAAAUUUUUGUAUUUUUAAUUUUUGGAUUAAUACAUACCUUUGCAAUAUCUUUUCCUUACAUCAGCUUUAUAGCUAGUGACAUAAAUUUAACUCACUCAAGUAAUUCUCACCAGGUUUCUAAACCUUUUAUUUAUUUUUCUUGUCUUUUUAAUGAAUAGAGGUCAUGAAUUGAAUAUCUUUUCCUUGUUCCUGUAUGAAAGAGUAUUCAACAUCUCACCAUUAAAUAUAAUGCUACUUGUAAAUUUUCAUAGAUAACUUUUAUCAAAUUAAGGGAAUUCUGUUUUGUUCCUGGAUUGUCAAAUGUUUUUAAAAAUCACAAAUUGAUAUUGGAUUUUAUCCAGUGCCUUUUCUGCAUGUAUCAGGGUCUUUAAAAAAAAUCCUUAAUUCUAACAAAAUGAACUAUACAUUCUUUGAUUUUCAGUUGGUAAAACAACAUGUAUUACUGGAAUAAAGUAAAUUUGUACA